AUGAAGGUUGACGGUCAGUGUCUGAGCCCUCUGGUCGACACAGGAUCAUCUAAGCUCUUCUUCGUCGAGAAAGAGUACCUCGAAAGUACUAUGUCGCCUAAGUCCUGCAAUGACUUUGUUUUUGGUUGCUAUGAGUGUGAUGCUCAUAUUUCCGACGCUGAAGUGAGCGAGAUAGAACACUGUGACAAUACCUGUGCACACGUGGUGCGGUAUAGAGGAGUAUUGGAAAUGGGAGGUCAACUCGUACACGACGUGGAGUUCGGACUGCUAGUGAAUUACGAACCGAAAGGCUACAUGCCUCACGCUUCGCUCGGGUUGGCUCCACAGUUCGAUGCUGGCAGCAUCACAUUAUUAGGUCAGUUGAUGGAUAAAGGAGCGAUAGACAACAGAGCGUUCUCUAUUUACUUCAAACCAGAUAACUACAGCGAGGGCGAACUCAUCAUUGGCGGUGAGGACUCGAGUAAAUACAAAGAACCUGUCAUAGCGGUUCCUCUGUUUGACGUGGGUGACGCCUGGGCGGUCAGGGUGGCGAGCCUCGUAGUUGGCGAGGAAACCAUUCUAGAGUCGGUGCCGAUGGAUAUCGAUAGCGGCACAUCGUAUUUCUGGUUGCCAUUUGGGUUGCAUCUUAGUCUCUGGAAGGCACUUGAGAAGUCGGCCAGUCUUAGAGCAGGUCGACAGAUCAAGUUCAACUACAACGAUGGUUUGCUCGCUCUCUCACGGUGUUCUGAUAGGGUCUAUCUUCCCCCACUGGAAGUCCAUGUGCGCGACAAGUUCGGUGUCGUUUCACUUAUUGUGAUAUCGAGCGACUUCUACGUACAAUCGUCCAGCUCACCAGAAGGGGGAACGUGCAUUCUACUAGGGCGAAUGGACCCCGUCGACGAUCUGUAUACCCGUCCAACCAUUGGGUUGAAUCUAUUGCGGGAAUAUUAUCUUCACUUCCAAUAUGAUGAGCGUGAGAUCCGAUUCGCGAGAAUGCUAAAGGACUCCGAUACUACUAGUCAGCCCUUGAAGGCUUCAAGUCGAGAACAGGGAAACUACAACAAACCUACCAAAUCAAUGGAACCAGAUUCUUCAUCUAGUACUCUGUUCGACAGAAGUAUCAAGCUCGUCCCCUAG